AUGGAGAAAACCGUAAAAAGAAUAAGAAAGGAGACUAAAGAACGUUGUAAGAAUUCAAAAUCUUCUUCACCUUCUACACCUCUAGAAUUGGAAACAAAUUUUGACUUGGUUGAUUCUUCAAGUGAUUCUGAAUUAGAAGAAACCAUGGAAAAUCUAGGAAGAACUCUAAGGGAAUUGGCGGCACCAAAUGUAGACCAACAACCGCUUUGCAUUCAAUAUCCCGAUUUGGAGGUAGCCUUUAAGCUAAAAUCAGGUUUGAUACAUUUAUUACCUACUUUGCACGGUCUUGAGAAUGAAGAUCCUCAUAAACACUUGAAAGAAUUUCAUGUGGUAUGUUCGAGCAUGAGACCACAAGGGCUAUCCGAAGAAAAAAUCAAAAUGCAUGCAUUUCCAUUUUCAUUAGCCGAUAGAGUUAACGAUUGGCUAUUCUAUUUGCCAUCCGGUUCUAUCACCACAUCGACGGAUAUGGCAAGAGCAUUCCUUGAUAAGUUCUUUCCCGCCUCAAGAGCCGCAAGUAUAAGGAGGGAAAUAUGUGGAAUCAAGCAAAAAGAUGUGGAGACUCUCCAUGAAUAUUGGGAACGGUUUAAAAAAUUGUGCGCGAGUUGCCCUCAACAUGGAAUUACCGAACAACUUCUCAUCCAAUACUUUUAUGAGGGAUUGUUACCCAUGGAGAGAAAAGUGAUGGAUGCCACUAGUGGAGGUGCUAUAGUGAACAAAACUCCUCAAGCCACUAGGGACUUGAUCUCCAUCAUGGCUACCAACUCUCAACAAUUUGGCUUCGGUCAAGAUUCAACAUCAAGAAGAGUGAAUGAGGUAAGUAGCAAUUCUAUCGAAACUCAAUUGUCUAAACUAACCUCUCUUGUUCAAAAAUUGGCCUUAGGAAAUGCACCAAAAGCCAGAGUUUGCGGAAGUUGUACUGAUCCAAGUCAUCCAACCAACAUGUGUCCAACACUUCAAGAGGAAUCUAAUGAGCAAGUCAACAUGGUUGGAGGAUUUCCAAACAGGAAGUAUGAUCCUUAUUCAAACACGUACAAUCCAGGAUAUAAGGAUCAUCCUAACCUUAGCUAUGGAUCAAGAAAUCAAAAUUUCCAAAACUCUAAUCAAAAUUUCCAAAACUCUCAUCACAAUUUCCAACAAAGAUCAGGAAAUUUCCAGCAAUCACCUCUCGUAAAGCAAGGUAUGUCUCUUGAAGAUAUUGUUAAAGAGCUUGCUAAUAAUAUAAAUGUUUUUCAACAGGAAACGAGAGCAAGUAUUCAAAAUUUAGAGGCUCAAGUAGGGCAAUUGGCAUCUUCAUUGAGCAAAUUAGAAUCUCAAGGUAAAUUGCCAUCACAAACAAUUGUCAAUCCAAGGCACAAUGCUAGUGUAAUAACCUUGAGAAGUGGAAAAGAAUUGAAAGAAUUUGAUGAUGCAAAAAGGCAUGGGCAAGCCUUAGAAGAGGGGGUUGAAAAAGAAAUGGCGACCUCAUCGUAA